AUCUCUCGGUGGAGGAUUGGCGCGCAGUCCUCACUCCAUCUUUUGUCAAUACCAACCUGAAGAAUACUUCCAUUGUUCUAGUCAAAAGAAUAUGAUAUAUGGCUAUAGAUUAAUAGGGCGAAUCGAUGUGGAAUUAAUGUCAUUUCAAGGCUUCUAGGAUAAACAGGAGUUUACCAUUUGCAGGUUGCGGAAGAGUAUUGGCGAACCUUUCAACUGGGAUUAGCAGCGUUGAUGCGGAGCUCCCUCGGUCGAUGCUGCCAUCUGGUUCGGGAAAUACGCGGCGGGGACGACAGUUACGCUUGUACCAGCAGCACACCGGGGAGCAACAGAUGCCUUCAGACUCAACGAUCAUUUUCUGAGGUAUUUAUGCCAAGUGUGACAAAUAAAGUGAUAUGAUUUCUAACUGAAACACUGUAAGGGAUUCUAAAUGGAUUGUAUCACUUUUCUGCUCCGGUCAUUCUAGUUUAUGACAUCAACUUCCUGCGCCACCGUAUUACCGCAUAUUUGCCUCCUUAUAAUGUCAUUCAGCGAGACUGAGACGAGUCGCCCAUUGCGCGGUUAAGCAUUUACGGCUUGAUUCCUUAUGGUUGACUUUUUUGUUCGUUUUAUGCGGAUAACCUCACGUUGAUACCCAAAGCUUGGAGUAGUACGACUUCUUCAUUUGGAUUUCAUUUGGGAACUUCUCAAAUCGGUGAGUUGUCUCGGCAAUCAUUCUACAAUGCCAGUAAUGAUAAGGGCUAUAAGAGGAUAGAGGGAGAACGCAAGUGAUUACCUCGCGAUCCGGAAUAAAGGAGACUAUUCUGUGCUACUUGCAGGGUGAGGAAUCUAGCAGGUAUAUCACGCCAUAGGCCGAAGAAAUAUUUGAAUUGAAAACGAAUAAAGGAAGGCCAAAGACAUACUCAGCUCAGAACUGAUCUGUUCCAUGUUAAGCAUAGUUUGCCUCCACAGAGGCAUCAUCAGUUUUUAGCUGUAUCGCGUACGUCGUGGGAUCACAUCUGUUUGGAGGGUUUCCGUCGAAGUCAGGAAAGGUAUGUCGCCGUGCCCAAGAAUCUGGAAGCAUGGUCGUCGCUGACUUGCUAACUUAAGGUGGGCGUCGUUAUGCUGCAUAGGCACUAGGUCAAGGUUACAUAUCCGGGACAUUACGCAUCACGUGGCAAAAUGGUGGACGACUUGUACGGGAACGCCACCAACGGCACGAACGGCACGAACGGCACAGAGGGUUUUGAAGAAGAAGGAAAUAAUAGCUUUGAGCGGGCAAUGCAGAUUGCAGUGCCUAUUAUAUACAGUCUUGUGGCAAUUGUCGGAUUCGUUGGCAAUCUGCUCGUGAUUAUAGUAGUUGUAUCUAACAGACAAAUGAGGAAUACAACCAAUAUACUCAUAGUUAGUUUGGCCAUCGCUGAUUUAAGUUUUAUUAUAUUUUGUGUUCCAUUCACGACAGUCUCAGUCACUGUUCCCGUAUGGCCAUUUGGUGAGAUUUGGUGUAAGAUCGUUCAGUAUGUCACUUUCGUGACAGCCUACGUCAGUAUAUACACGUUGGCGCUGAUGUCGUUUGACCGGUACCUGGCGGUGGUGCACGCUAUCGCCGCCAUGAACCUCCGAACGGAGCGGAAUGCGUACAUUUGUGUUACGAUCACGUGGAUUAUCCUGCUAGCAGUCAACGUACCAGUUUGCUUCGCGUAUAACAUAUUUUCCUACGUUCACGAAGGUAGCGAGCGGGCCGCGUGUAUACCGUUCGACCCGAAGGGAAGACGGGAUUUAUUCACAACCUUCCUGGCGUUCGGUUUCGUUCUCCCGCUGGUGGCCAUCAUUAUCCUUUAUGGCUUUAUGCUUAACAGACUACUUUACAGCGUUGGUGCUGGCAGCCAAUCAGCGGAGACCAUUAGAUCGAGGAAGAGGGUAACGCGCAUGGUCAUUAUUGUAGUUGUGAUUUUCGCGGUCAGUUGGCUACCGAAUCAUUUAUGUUUUAUGAUCUUGUACUGGAGACAGAAUCCUCCGACUGAAAAGUACUUCUAUAUAUUUCAUUCGUUCGCGAGGAUCUUAGCGUAUGCCAACAGUUGCGUCAAUCCUAUUCUAUAUGCAUUUCUCUCGGAGAAUUUUAGGAAAGGAUUCCGCAAGAUACUCUGCUUGGCGACGAAGCAUAAUGCAAGGCUGGAUUUCGAGCGCACCAACACCAGACCCUUGUUAACAGGUACAACUGGCGCGACUAGCCUAAGGUCCAUGGGGGCGGGGGCCUCUCCCAAUGAGAACGGGCUGUAACCGUUGUGUAUCUCUAAAUAAGACUGCUGCAAUAAAUUGGAGAAAAAACUAAAGGAAGCAGUUUCUAGCUACCAAUACCACUGUUAUAUAUCAAUAGGAGCCAGCGCGUCUCUCUAGUUGCAGCACAUGUCGUCCAAUGUAGUGCACAAUUAAAAUAGACAGUGCUGCCGCCACGAAGAGCAGUGCUGGCCCCUAUUGGAUAUAUCAGUACAAGUCGCCUGAUCAAAAGGACGUGUUACGCCGGACCUCUAGCAUUCUCAUGGAUAUUUUAUCAAUGUAUAAUCUUGUGCUAUUGACUAUUUCUGUAGGGAUUUUAACGGAUUCUUGUGUAUGUAAUAGUGCGAAGAUUGUGCAUGAAUAUGUAAAUACAUGAUAUGAAUAUGUUGAUCAGUGGUGAGUCAUUAUGAUGUGCAUGAGACAAAGAUGAUUGUGGCGCUACUUUCGAGCACAAGGCGCCAGUUACAGAUAAUUGAUUAAAGAUUCUUAUAAGACUUGUACAAAGACAAUAUUAACCAAAACAUGGAUAUAUAUACCGCGCGUUCGGUGGAGAAUGUGUACAUAUUUACAUAGACUAUAAUAUUAGGUAACUUCGUGAGAUAAAAAUGUCUGUGUCAGCCCUGUUUAUAUCUGCGUAAUCUCAUCAGAAUACGAACUAGUAGAAUCCCAAUAUAAGUCAUGCCAUGCAUGCUGCAUGUAGACACGUGGACAAAGUAGUUCUGGCAGCUGUCGGACCGGAUUUAUUUCAACGAAAACGUAGCGCGCAUGAACAUGGAUGUAAAUAGUCGUAAGGAUCCAUCCGCCAUUUCCGCCAUCUUGGAUACUACAUCCGGGACAUCCACCACCAUCAGUGAGAUAUCUAUUAUAUUAAUGUAUUAUAUCCACUCAGUUUUGCAGUAUGUAUAAUUAUCUACUUUGAGGGCAUGAGAGAAACACUGUACAUAGUACAUGUAAACAUGUAUGGUGUCACCCGCACUCUGUUUUGGACUUGAGCACCGCAGCCAGAAUAUUAGUUGAUAUUAAAUGGUACUGUAAACCGCCAAUUUUUCGCUGGCGUUUUAGUUUCGCGGAUUUCGCGAACGGUAUUUAUUCGCGAUUUUUGUUGCCUAUUUGAAAGUGGAAUGAAAUUUAGUGAUCAGCCAAAUAAAAAUCGUAAAAAUUCUUUUUUCAGACACUCUCACAAAUCGUAAAAAUCAAAAGGCGCGCAAAUUUUGCGGUGGUUUACAUUACCAGUAAAGUUUGUUUCAAUUAACUUGGUUCAGGGAUUGCAUUCAUAUCGAAAUGCCUGAGCUUCCAACAUACAAAAUGUUUCUUCCAGUGACCUGUAUAAAAAGUUUCAUCCUGUCCUGACUCUACUUGCUCGUCAGUAGCAGGGCGACCCCUCUAUUGUCCAGAGGAAUAUGAACAUGAUGAGUCAUAUUCCUCCAAAAAUAGCAGUGGAACUGGAACAAGGCCGGCAUCAUCAUUUCACCUUGAGGGUGUGAUGCACUUUGACUCAAAUGUCGGAAAUGAUAUUUACUUGCCUCAAAUCUUUUGCACAAAAAUGGAAAAGAGACGUUAUAUGUUAUAAAUUUUAUACUCAACCACGAUUCACCGCUCAUACGGAUGGCUGGUGACCAGACGCUUACGUCACGGCGGUAUUCGUUUAUUGAAACUAAGUGGGACUCCGUCGCACGGCCGCAUUUUAACAAAAAAAUAUCGAAAGACUUAAACCAUAGUGCGGCAGUUUUUGUCACGGAAUUUUCAACUAGUACUUCACUCAGUAAGACACAUGUAAACGUAGCAAACUUUUUCUCGAAACACCUCAAAUAACUUGUGGCGUGACGUAUCCGGCUGGCACCACCUGGUCCGGAUGCUCCACCUUGGUCAGUAUAGUUAAAGAUUUUCUGCCUCAGGACAAACAGGCACAUAUCUGUUAUGACGAAUUUGACUAUAUUCGUUAUAAGCACGCUGGUAAAGCUGGAAUAUAUACAUGUACGUUGUCGUACGCAGAGGCCGAAAUACAUAUUGUAUGAUGUUUGCGCAUGCACGUACAAUCAAGUAUAGAUUAACCCAUACUUGGUACAAUGUAUACAACGUACAUGUGCCAAACAUACCCCUAACUUAUGUCAGCGUACACCAGGAUGAAAAUUCACGUACAUUGUACAUGUACGUCGUCAUAAGUUACUACUAUACGUCAUAAACUGUAGUGUGACUAGUGUGCUUUUAACAUAUAGACAUUGUUUAACAAACCUACAUGUACAUGUACACUUCACUUAUGUCAAUGCACACCAGCGUGUUGGUGAAAAUUUACAAACGUCAGCAGAAGUUACUGCUAGUGUGAUAGCGCCAUAGGGGAGCUGAGUGAGGAGUCCAUUUAAUUUUUCCAGGAAAAAAAUAGAUUACAAAAAGCAAGUACAACAUGUGACGUAAUGAAAGGACGCACAAAUUGCACAGAUUGAACGGACAAAUUUCUUAAACGUGUACAAGAGGCUGUGGGGGGGGGGUAUCAACAAUUUUAAGCUCGCCUGUGAAUAUCUUUGGUUGUAUAUGCAGUAACUUCCCCCCCGCAAUAAACCAUCAUGAUGAGAUGUUGACGUGGACAACCUUGUGUUCAGCAUCAUUUUCACAUUAAGAAAACAAACCGUCUCCAAGCCCCGUUCGCAGGUAUCACCCACAACGGGCGUAGCCCGAGUGCUGCGGAUGCUGGUUCGAAGCAGGGACUGAUACGGCUCCACUCAUUCUGAUGGUACGGUAUCAUUUAGUCGAGUUGUAGGGUUUAUUUUUUUUGUCAAUGAAUUCUGACUUGCCCUGGAACUAUAAAUGUUAAAAUAAAAAUCGUUUACUUCAUAAUCGAUUAUAUAUUUGAAGCCAAACCGACCAGAGUAUAUAUCAGGUUUAUGUAUUCAAGGUCCGUCUCUGAAGUGAAACAACAGAGUCGGCGUCGAAAGAGAUGGAUAAAAAAACAGAUAUAAAUAUAAGUUACUUGAUUGUCCGUCUCUACGAUUAGAUUUACGACUUGUUAUUCAUAUGCCGGCGUAAAUAUCGUAAAUCGUGAGGUUCUUAACCCUUUUUUAGUACCGAAUAUAUUCAUUCAUCAAAUAUUAUCAACUGGAUUAAAGGCCUGCAACGUUCAUUAAUAAUUUGAAAUUUGAAAUUGAGAAUUUGAGAUUUUUCAAUUGUGUAAAUACAAUGUUAAUCCCAAUAUUGCAGAUGUGUACAGGAAGGAUAUUGGUAUGGUUACUGGACAGUGGCAAUUUAUUUUUGUUUACUUGCAGCAGAAGACAAGACAUGUUUUAUCACUGAACGCAAACGACGCGUGUAGGCUUUUAAACCAUAUUAUGUAUCAUCUCAACGGGAAUACGAAUUAGCUGCAUGUUUGUUACUCUUAGAUCAUUAAAAGUGGAUUAUGUUGACGUCUACUAAGUCAUGCCAGUUUGCCGAAUUGUGAAAAUCAUUCCACUUAAAAAAAUACUCUGUGAUUGGCUCACAUUCUAUUAAAGGCCGACGCCGUUCGUUAAAAAUUUGAAAAUUUGUAUUUGAAUUUGAGAAUUUUCAAUCUCGUAUUAAACACGUCCUGAAUGUAAAUUUCAAGAUUUCCAUUGUGUAAAUACGUAUAAAAAUACUUGGAACCACGUUUCAGCAAAGUUGUCCUUAUGGCAUUGUGUAUAACUGCAUCCCUUUUGUCCUGGAGCAGAAGUAAUUACGAACGGCGUUCCGUUUUAAAGUAUAUGAUAAGUAUAUCUCUUCCGGAUCUUAUAUUCACGUUGUUAUAGAGCAUCCCAACAUCUAUAAGUUGCCUCAAUGCCCUACCGUUGCCUUCACAAUAAUCAUGACAUCAAUCUGUCCGAUGUUUGUGGAACCUGUGUAUGAUAGUGCUUAUGAAUGUAGUUGAAGACUAUGUAUUAAGGUAUAUAUGAUUAUAGAAAUAUAAUCCUAUUGUUUUCAA